ACCAGGGACAGGAAGCCCAGGAGGGACUGGGGUGGGGUUAGUUGUUUCUAUGCCUUUUGGGGGGCAAUGACUGGGAGACACAGCCUCUGCUCCCCACUCGCUGACAGUUGGAUGGAGGAGACACUUACAACCCGACGCACACGCUCAUACGCGUAGAGAGUUCGCAGUGUUUUCGGGCGCCGGGGCCCGCACGGCUAAGCCCAGCCAGAGCGCGUCCGCCAACGCCGGACGGCCCAGCACGGUGACCGCCGGACCGGGCCAGGAGGAAACUCGAGAAGCAGCUGAAGAUCUUCUCUCAUCCUGGCAUCGUCCCUGAGACGUCGGGACUAGUACCUCCUUGUACAGAAAACGGGGAAACCGAGACCCACAGAGGGGUCCCUCUUUCAGAUCAGGCCGGGACAGGAUGUGGGGGGCCUUGCUGACGGCCCAGAGUUACCUCUAUCUCCCGGCGCUGCUGUUCCUACAGGCCCAAGCCCUCCAGACGGUGUCCCUGGGCCUGGCGCCCGGUGCCUUCGAUGAUGCCUAUGUGGGCUGCGUGGGGGAGAUGGAGGCCGACGUGGCCCCCCGGCUGCUUCGGGAAGAGUCGGCCCGCCACCCUGCCUUGAAGGAGUCCUGGGAGGCCGCGGCCACGGCCUGGGCUGCCCGGAAGGCGGCAUUGUCCCUACCCCCGGGCUUCCGGGACGCCCACGGGGUGGCAGUCCUGGUCUACACGAACGCCUCCACGGCCCUGUACCGGGAGCUGAAUGCUGCCGUGCGGACCGGCGGCGGCUCGCGACGGCACUACCUGGCCCACUUCCCCUUCAAGGCCUUGCACUUUUACUUGACACGGGCGCUGCAGCUGCUGGGGGCUGGCGCGGGCUGCCCAGUCAGCCCCGGGCGCGCCGUGUUCCGGGGCGUGGGCGGCCUGCGCUUCGAGCCCCCGGGGCUGGGGGCCUCCGUCCGCUUCGGCCAGUUCACCUCCAGCUCUGAGGCUGAGAUGGUGGCCCGGGGAUUCGGGACGGACACCUUCUUCCACCUCGGGACCUGCUUCGGGGCCUCCCUGGGGCCUCUGUCGGCCGCCCCGUGGGAGCGCGAGGUGCUGAUCCCGGCCCACGAGGUCUUCCGUGUUGCCAACUUCUCCCGGAAUGGGGAGCGCAGCCUGAUGACCCUGAAGAGCACCGGACAGACCUGCAGUCACUUCAACUGUGCCUACCUGGGGGGAGAGAAGCAGCAGGACUGUGUUUUCGUGUCGGGUGGCGAGGGCAACCAGCUGGCCCAGGAUCCUGGAACUCUGCUGCCCAUGAGGACCCUGCUCCUGCCCCCUGGGGGUCUCCAGCUCACAGACUUUGGCCAGGAAGCCUGACUCGGGAUGGGAACGGGGGCAGUUGGGCAUGGGUGGACUCCAGGGCUCUCUUUUCCCCUUCCCCCGCUGAUCCUGGAGGUGUGGCUGGAGCGGGAGCAGAGGCUGGCGGAGAAGGAUGGGGCCCAGCUGAGGCCCUGUGGAGGGAACUCGCUCACCUCCUCCGGGUGUCCCUGCCCCUGGGGGGUAGGCCCAGGCCCCUGGGGACGAUACAGUAAAAAGAGCUUUUU